CUUCCCCUCCCCCCAGGUCCCUCAGAAUGAGCAGGGACAGCUCCCCAGACGGGAGCCCGGAAGAAGAUGAAGGAGAGAAAGGGGGGCCGCGAUGUCAGGGAGAAGACACUUUCAAGGAUAUAUCCAUGUACUUCUCCAAGAAGCAGUGGAUGGAGCUGAGAGAAUGGGAGAAAGUUCGGCUCAAGAACGUAAAGCAGAACUAUGAGGCAAUGAUUAAAAUAGGUCUCAGUGCCCGUCGUCCAUCUUUCAUGUGCCACGGCAGACAAAAUAAGAGAGCCAAAGUAGAGGAAUCUGGAGACUCGGAUGAAGAGUGGAUACCUAAGCAGCUAGUGAAAACCUUCCGGUUCCCAUCAAGAGUAAAACAGAAGACACAUCUAAGGAAUAAGGAGAUGGCCAAGGAACUAGCUGACCCCAAGGCAGAGGGAAUGAUGGAUUUAUCUGAGGAGCUGAAGAUAGUAGUGAUGAAUAACCUGACCAACUCAGAAGUCAAGAAACAAACAGGUCAGAUGGAUGAAAGCUGUGCCACUAACCAACUGACAGAGGGAAAAUCGGAGUGCAGAAGAAAGGAGGCUGAAGUCCAUAUGUACAAUUUGAGGGAACGAAAGUAUCAAGUGUACCAAGAAAUCUGGGACCCUCAGGAUGAUGACUACCUCUUCUGUGAGGAGUGUCAGACUUUCUUCCUGGAAACCUGUGCUGUUCAUGGGCCCCCAAAAUUUGUCCAGGAUAGUACCAUGAUCAAAGGACAUCCUUAUUGUUCAGCCAUCACCCUGCCCCCUGGCCUGAGAAUUGGGCUUUCAGGGAUCCCUGGUGCAGGACUUGGUGUAUGGAAUGAGGCCUCAAAUCUACCCCUGGGUCUGCACUUCGGGCCCUAUGAAGGGCAAAUGACAGAGGAUGAUGAGGCUGCCAACAGUGGAUACUCAUGGAUGAUCACCAAGGGGAGAAACUGUUAUGAGUAUGUGGAUGGAAAAGAGGAGUCUUGCUCUAACUGGAUGAGGUAUGUGAACUGUGCCCGAGACGAGGAGGAGCAGAACUUGGUGGCAUUUCAGUACCGCAGACAAAUCUUCUACCGGACCUGCCAGGUCAUCAGGCCUGGUUGUGAACUCCUCGUCUGGUAUGGGGAUGAGUAUGGUCAAGAACUGGGCAUCAAGUGGGGCAACAAGUGGAAAAGGCCACUCACUGCUUGGACAGGGGAAAGCCCAGGAAUCUAUCUUUGCCCUUCCUGCCCUCUGGGCUUCUCCACUCAUGCCUUCCUCAGUCAACACAUGCUGCUCAAACAUCCUCCUCAAGUAUUCCUGGAUUCAGGGACAGGAAAUAAUUACGGGCUGGGAGAUCUCCAUCCAGACCAGCUGCUUCUACCUGGUUACAGCUGUGUAAGUGACAAAACAGAAACAUUACAAAAACAGCAUUCUAGCUCCUUGUGCACGAAGGCCGGACAAAUGGAUCCGAGAGAAAUGCACAGCCUGCCUCAGAGCCCACAAAUGAGGGAGAUGGAAAGCAGCUCUGGGGAGUGGGAUCUCAGCAGGAUCCCGGAUAAGAGCACUAAAAAGACCACACUAGCAUUCCAGGAGGGAGAUAAAAAAGGGUUUGGGCCAUACAAGUGUGGUGAAUGUAAGCAAGAAUUUACAUACAAGUCAGUCCUCAUCAGACACAGGCGGACACACUCAGGAGAGAAGCCUUAUGUAUGUGAGAAGUGCGGGCAAGGAUUUGCAAGGAGGUCAAGCCUCAUCACACACAGGCAACACUCAGGAGAAAAGCCUUAUGUGUAUAGUCAAGGAUUUGCCCGUAAGUUAGACCUCAGUAUAUGUAGAGGAACACACUAA